AUGCACUGGUGUCGGGAUUCCAGUCCCACAGCCGCACUGUCCCGGUCCCCCAAGCCCAUUGUCAAAAGCUUGCUGUACGGAGAGAAUGCGAUGUUCAAUUCGCUCAUAACAGCUGGGAUUUGGAGACGCGACCUGGGCCUGUUCUUUCUCAUUGGCUUCGAGCAGGUGCGUAGCGCCGAGGGUAUCAUGUGCCGCCGAGGCGACAUGGACUGGAAUAAAAAUUUGUAUCGCCAAUAUGCCCGGCAAGGACUCUCGCCCGAAGAGAAAUAUUCCAUGCAGCACGAAAUAUACAGCCUAGACGUCUGCAUGCUCGAGAUCGGGCUGUGGGACUCGUUCCUGCUCUACUAUCCCAAUGGCAGAGUCAAAACUCCCCACGCGGCCCUGCUUGGGCUUUCAACCGAGAAAUUGACGGGAGACCUGUACGUCGAGGUCGCGAUGAAUUGCCUGAAGUGCCUGAACGAGGACAAUAUGGACAUUGCGGAUGAAGGCGAAUUCGACGUCGCUGGUGGCGGAGCCGUGGGUGUCCGCUAUAUUGAGAAGGUAGUUCAGGUCGUAGCUGGAUUGUUCCGUGCACAACUGACCAGUCUUGGCAGAUUCUCUUGA